AUGGCUGCUGAAGGUGAGGUUAUUAAAAUGGAGGAAGAGCCACUAAGCCCUGGGGCUCGUUUAUUUCAUACACCACGCCUCAACUAUUGCAUCAUCGCGAUUUUGGGUUCCAAGACCAUGAUCGGUGUUAAAGUUUUCAAGAUAGGGUUAGAGCAAUCUCUAAUAAAACAUCCUCGCUUCUGUAAUGUGCUGGAUUUCUUUAGGUUACCGGACCAUGCAAGCUAG